UUGCAAAAGGACGAAAUUGUUGAAAUUGUGCUCAACAACCAGGAUACCGGUAAGCAUCCGUUCCACUUGCACGGUCACGCGUUCCAGGUUUUCGAGAGAGGUCCAGCGUACCCGGACAAUGCUCCUGAGUCUUACAACGAAUCUGCUCCAUAUACUCCUCCUGAGUACCCAAUGAGAAGAGACGUUAUCUACGUGAAUCCAAACUCUCACUUUGUGAUCAGAUUCAAGGCCGACAAUCCAGGUGUCUGGUAUUUCCACUGCCACAUCGAAUGGCACUUGACCCAAGGUCUGGCUCUCGUUUUGGUGGAGGAUCCUCUCGGAAUCCAAGCCAACGAGACUUUGACCGACAACUGGAAGCACGUUUGCGAAAACGUCAACGUGGCCUACACCGGUAAUGCUGCUGGCAACGACAAGGAUCUCUUCGACUUGACCGGUCAGAACGUCCAGGUCAAGGCUCUUCCUGCUGGUUUCACUGCCAGGGGUAUUGUUGCCCUGGUCUUUUCCUGUGUCAGUGGUAUUUUGGGCUGUGUUGUCAUUUUCUGGUACGGUAUGGCUGAUAUUCCAGACAUGGAGAAAAGAGUGCUUGCUGACCUUAAUAUUGACGAAAGGGCCUUUCUGGCUGCGGAGGACGAUGACGAAACCGCGUCUGCUGACGCUAUGGGUUCUACCAUCAAUGCCCUUUCCAAACAAGGAACUGCCCAUGAGAUUACUACUUCUCAUUAG